AGAGGUUCUGUUUUGUUUAAAAAAAAAAAACAAAAAAAAAAAAACAAAAAAAAAACAAGGAUAGACGAGCUGAAGCUGGAUGUGGAGGUAGAAGGAGGCCGAGUACUGAUGUCAUGAGACCAGGCGUUGUGUUCGGGGGAAGAAGAUAUGGAGGGGUGGCAGUAGCAGGAGGAGGAGGUAAACUGGUAGAUGUAGGAGGAGGAGGGGAGAAGAGGAGGCGGGGGAGGAGAAGAGGAUGGAAAGAGGAGGCAGAGAAGAGGAGAAGAGGAGGAGGAGAAGAAGAGACGAUGAGGAGGAGGAGGAGGAGAGGAGGAGAGGAGAGGAGAAGAGGAGGAGGCGAAGAAGAGAAGAGGGGGAGGCGGAAGAAAGAUGAGCAGGAGAUUGGGGGGGGGGGGGGGGGGAUAUUGAGGAGAAGAGGAGCAGCCGUUGUCAAUGAACGCAGAAGAGUAGGAGGAGAGGAAAAGUUGGAUCUUCCAGGACAAAGGAAACUUCAGUGUACUCUCAAGGGCCGACUGCAUAAGGUGGAAGACGACAAUGCUAGAAUGAAAAUGGAGUCGGCAUGGCAGCAGCGGUUUCCAUCAGGAAGUGCAGCUUGUGAGGACGAUCAUGAAAUCUACCAUUUGCAAGUUGAGGAUGUCCUCCUUAUACCAAAUGUUACCACGGUGAAGGAUGCAUUUUUUAUAUGGGUUGACCGGUUGGGAUUCGACAUGAGAGUUCUCUGCAAUGAUCCUCAGAUUGUCAUUCGAGACAUUCGGAUUCCUUUUGCGAGGGAGGUGACAGAUGAAAGGGACGCACGAUCAUCACUAACAAUGAUGGCCCAAUUGGCCUGGGAGACGGAGAGAAUGUACGUUCCAGCUGAUUUGCCCCUACUGCAGAGUCUGAGGGAAUUAUGAGGUGCCUUACGGUGUCUCAGGGUCGGCAUGAACAGAACAAAGCAUAUUCGGAUGUGAGCGCCCGCAUUCAAGGAGCCGGAGGGAAAUGGCAUUUGAGUCAGAUACAAACGAAGCAAAGCAAAGCACCUGGAGAAGUGAGCGCCGUCUUGCAAUUGCAAGUAACUGGAAGGCACGAUCCCGGAGACGGGCAGACAGACUGCAUCUGGCAUGACUCCUCGUCACGUCAGGCGGGGAGAGAGAGAAAAAAGCUAAAGGCAGAGUAGUGUGUUGGGGCGAGCAAGUGAGCAGCGUGCGGCUCAUCACCGAAGCCAGGGUGUCAGGACAGAAUCGGUGACGUAUGGAAAGGACAGUAGCAGGACCGACUCGGCUGUGCAGAGGGUAACGAUAGGGAUAGGGGUGAGAUGACAGGGUUGGGGUGGGAUUACAUGAGAGGAUCGGGGUAAGAUGACAGGAUGGGGCUAAGAUGACAGGGUAGGAGGGGUUAAAAUGACAGGAUGGGGGUAAAGAUGACAGGAUAGGAGGGGUUGAAAUGACAGGAUGGGGGUAAGAUGACAGGAUAGGGGUUAGACCGCCAGUAGAUGGCCGCAGCCUUGCAGGAUUUCUUCAUUGCCUACUCCUAAAAUUUGGGUGGCUCGGGUCAGCGAAAGAAACAUUGAGAGGGAGAUGCAGAAGGGACAAGGAUAUUUUGCGAA